AUGCUCCUCUCGUCUAUACGCUUUUCGGCCCGCACUGGGCCCGUUUGCAGCCAUUCCUUCGUUCGCUUCAAGACCUCCAUUCCUUGGUCCCAGAAAGCCGUUGUAUACGAAACACACGGUGGACCGUUGCUCUACAGAGACGUGCCGGUUCCAAAACCCAAACCCAACGAGUUGCUUGUGAACGUCAAGUACUCGGGUGUGUGCCACUCGGACUUGCACCUCUACAAGGGCGAGUGGCCGCUCAAUGUGAAAUUGCCCUUGAUAGGAGGCCACGAAGGCGCCGGAGAGGUGGUGGCUAUGGGAGAGGCGGUCAAGGGGUGGAAGAUUGGCGACUUGGCUGGUGUCAAGUGGCUCAAUUCCUCCUGCCAGCUGUGUGAAUUCUGUGUUUCUGGCCACGAGCCAGUGUGUCCUUCUCAGGUCAUUUCAGGAUGCCACCAGGACGGCACCUUCCAGCAGUACACCGUGGCUGACGCUAUCCAGGCUGCCAAGAUCCCUCAAGGCACGGAUUUGGCGGAGGUGGCUCCCAUUCUCUGUGCUGGACUCACAGCAUACAAGGCACUCAAGAGAACCGAGGCCAGACCAGGCAAUUGGAUCGCUGUCGUGGGUGCUGGCGGUGGUUUGGGCAGUUUGGCUGUUCAGUACGCUAAGGCCAUGGGUUUCAUGGUGUUGGGCAUUGACGGCGGCAAGGACAAGACUCAAUGGGCCAAGUCGUUGGGUGCACAUGAAGUGGUGGAUUUCACCAUGGUACCCGAUUUGCCCAAAACAGUCGUUGGCAUCACUGGAGGCGGCGCUCAUGGCGUGGUAAAUGUUUCUGCGUCACUGGCAGCUCUUCAGCAGUCGUUCUUUUACGUGAGACCUACGGGAACUGUGGUUUUGGUGGGUAUCCCCGGAAAAUCCACCGUCGAAUUACCUGUGCUUCCCACCGUUGGCAGAAAUUUGAAGAUUGUCGGGUCCUUGGUGGGAAACAGGAAGGACACACAAGAGGCAGUUGAGUUUUUCACCAGAGGGUUGGUGCAACUGCCUGUCAAGGUGGCUGGCUUGAGCGAGUUGCCUAGGAUUUUCGAGGAAAUGGAGAAGGGGAUUAUCAUGGGCAGGUAUUCUGUCGAUACGUCGAGAUAA